AUGCAAACACAUUCAACAUUAGAUACAAGUUCAAAUAAUUUAUUUACAAAUAUUGAACGGUUAGGUACACGUGAUUUAUUAUCCUAUGGACAAUUUUCAUAUGAUACUAUAUUAACAUCAAUCCAAAGUAAUAAUACAUUACCAUUAUCAAUUAAUAGUUUAUUUGAUCGAUUAUUUUUUCAUCAUGGUUCAAUUAUAUAUCUAUCUGAUUUAUUUUCACCAUCACAACAUUUAUCAAAUUUAUAUGAUGAAUAUUUUUGUACAUGGUUUGAUGAAGAUGAUUUAAUGAUAUCCUUAAUAAGUUAUAAUUUAUGUAAAUCUAGUAUUUUACUUGGACAAACAACAAAAGAAUAUAAUGAAUUAUAUCUACAUUUAAUUGAACACAAUUUUAAAUUAACUAAAAUUCAUGCAUAUACAUCAUGUUUAUUUUUACUUGAAAAACAAACAAUAAUUGAUAGUUCAUCAAUAAUAUCAUCAUCAGAUAAUAUUCUUAUUGAACUUGUUGAAGAAUUAUAUGAACGUACUAAACAAUCAUCAACAUUACCAUAUGAAGCUUUACUUUUAUUACGUCCUUUAUCAUUAUUACUUGCACAUAUUAGUUUUUUUUUCGUGCUUUAA